AUGGAUGACGUAUUGAGUGGAGCAUCGACAUUGGAUUCUGAAAAACAGCUGCGAAAUGACAUCGAAAGUCUUUUGAAGAAAGGGAUGUUUCUCAUUCGAAAGUGGUGCUCGAAUGAUGACGAAGUGCUUGAAAGUGUUCCUUAUAGAGACCGUGAACAAUUGGUACGCAUCGAAGAAGCUAGUACCAAUGAUACAAUACGAACCUUAGGUAUUCUCUGGAAUCCACAAAGUGAUCAGUUUCUGUUCUGGAGGAACCCUGAAUUGGUGCAACUUGACGAGAAGGUGACAAAAAGAAGCGUUCUCUCCUACAUUGCAAAACUAUUUGAUCCGCUGGGUCUUAUAUCACCUGUUAUCGUGUUGGCAAAGUCAAUCAUGCAACAGUUGUGGGCUAAUUCUUUGGAAUGGGACGAGCCAAUUGAAGGAGAACUGUUAAAUAAAUGGUUGGUCUUCCAAAGGUCCCUGAUGCAGUUGAAUGAAAUAGAAAUACCGAGAUGUGUUGUGGCUCGUGAAGCGUGUCGUAUUGAGAUCCACGGUUUCUCUGACGCAUCGUGUACAGCCUACGGUUCCUGUCUGUAUUUACGAAGCAUUCGGGAGGAUGGAGCGGUUUCAGUUAAACUGUUAUGCAGCAAGUCAAGAAUCGCCCCUUUGCAUCGCUCAACGAUGCCAAGAUUAGAGCUAUGCGCUGCCGUGAAUUUGGCAAGAUUGAUCAAUACUGUGAUACCAAUUCUGAAAAUGGACAUACAUGGAGUUAAGUUGUGGUGUGAUAGUUAG